AUGAGUGAGGUCACGAUUUCUGGUAUCCGAAAAAAUAUAAUAUUGUUCGUCCCCCGGUGUAAAUGACAACGGUAUAUAUCGAGAUUGUUUCCAUUUUUUUGUUUCAAUAAAAAUUAAAUUUGUCACAUAGACAAAACGGGAUUUUCUUUUAAAAACAUCAGCAACAACAACAACGGCAACAAUAAAAUCUGUUCAUAGUUCAGAUCAGAAGUGGGGGUCUGCUGUUUUUGAAACCUUUCAUCGCAACGCACCGCACUGCACCGUGUCGUCGUCCUGAACCGAGAAGGAAAAUAAAUUUGUAUUUAAAAUUAAUUUGUGUGAAGAAUAAAAUGAGCCCCGCAGUUAUUGUUGAAUCCUGCAAAGGAUUCUUUAACUUCCACCAUACAUUCCAGGAAUUACACCUGUGAAACGGAAUUUUAAAAUAUAAAUAAAAUAAAAUAAUAUAAUUUGGGCGUUCGCAAAAGUUUGUGUGUGUUUUUCGAGAAAAGAAAAAUUUAAGAGAAUUGCAAAAGGAAAGUGAAUGAAAUAAUCCUUUUUCCGGUUUUCCUUUGUUUUUUUUUUUUUGAUUUUUUUUUCGUUUUAUUUUCUUGUCCUCCCCGAGAUCCCUUUCUUAUUCGCUGUUAUAUAUAUUUACGUAUUUUAUGCGGUAUUUUCUUCCGCCGUACACCACCACCGCUUCUGUGUACCUACCUACCUAGGUGAGGUACCUACAUACCUACCUACGAGUAUAUGAGUGUUUUGGAGUGAAAGUGCAAAAAUAUACAAAAAAGGAUAUAGAAGGAAAAUCCUUGCUGCUUUCCUCGUGUGUUUUUAUUCCCUUGUAUUCAUUUUAUUCGUUUUCUUGUGUGUCGUGAAAGAAAGUAAAAAAAAAAGAAAAAAUCAUCCUGGAUGUAAAUAAGCAAAUAAAAAUAGUAAAGUGAAGAAAAAAUAGAAAAUUCGAUCUCCUAUGUCCUUGCAGGAGGGGUAAUUGCUCGUUGUUAUUUUUGUAUUUCUGUUUUUGAUAAUAUUUCUUAUGUGAGUGGGAUUUGUUGUGCAAACAAAUAUAAUUUACAGAGCAUACACCGUUAUACACUUAUUCGGCGUGUAUUGAAUAUAUACAGUUGAGAGUAUAAUUUUGAAGGAUUACACCUUAGUCCUUCGUUCCGUCCGCCCUCUUCGUGAGACAUCGAUAUCACCCACGGCCCCAUUCGUCUCACGCUGUAAAAUUAAGGAUUCAACGUUUUCGACGUGAGCAGCGAUGAUUUGACAGCGAAGUGAAAACAAAUGCCCUUUUGUAUCUUUUCGUGUGGAAUAUUGCACUUUUAUCGUGCGCCGCAGCAUCUGAAGAGUGAAGUGAGGAAAGCGACAAGUUAAGGAAAGAAAUAACAAAUCUAUCCAUCCAUUUUGUAAGCAACAGCGACAGUAACAAUCCCACCAAAAACAACAAAAACAAAAAACAGAACAAUCUCUGAACUAAAAAAGUUGAAACUAUGCCUAGGUACGGGCUUGAAAACACAAUGAUCGUGAAAUAGUUCAUAAAGUUGCAUAUCUACGUAUCUAGAACUAGAACGAAACUAUAAAAAUCGACCAUCAAUCAAUAAAUCUAUCUUUUUAACGCCUGCAACGAAUUUUACCGCGUAAGAGUUACAUUCGACAGAUUCGAUCUAUCGUGACGACGCUCGCCGUGAUUUCGUGAUUUAUUCUGUUCCCAAUAAUUUUUGGUUCGUUAAAAAAUAUUUUUCAAAAAAAUUUUCAAGAAAAAUAAUUUCACAAAAGAAAACAUAUGAUUAGUUUAAAGAAAAGCCACUUUGCGUGUAUCCUUUGACGGACCCAUCGUGUGUAGUGAAGUCGGUUUAACGCGCGUUACAGCCAUUGAUUUAUAUUUAGGUAGUUUUGUUCUAAGCGGUUCGUCGAGACGUUGCUAUCACUUAUCCAACUAAGUAUACAAUGGCCGUUAGUAAUAUCGUUUGUGAGUGGUUGCGUGCCCUCGGUUUGGCACAAUAUGCGGAGAGUUUUUUGGAUAACGGUUAUGAUGAUUUGGAGAUAUGCAAACAAGUCGGUGAUCCUGAUUUAGAUGCCAUAGGGGUUGAGAAUACGGCUCACCGACAUAAAUUGCUAAAGAGCAUUCGUCAAUUGCGCGAAAAAGGUGCGGCAAGUGUGUAUUUUAUGCUAAACGAUCCGAAUUCAUUGUCUGGGAGUACGGAGAUACUUUGUGAAACACCACCCAACGAAUUGGAACUGAUCCUGAGGGAGCAGUUGGAAACGGAUGCGAUACGAUUGACAUCCCACCCAUAUUCAACACCGGAUGGGCAACGAGGACAUUUAGAAGGUCUAGCAUCUGUGUACUGUGAACUUCUAAUGGCUCCCUUUGGUGAUAUAUUGAGUGCUUUAGAAAAUGCCAGGCAAGCAGCAUGGGCGGAAAGAAGUCCCCAAAAUCCUGCGGGGAUUGGUACAACGCGAGGUCACCGCGGUCAUUCCAGUCAAGGUGGCCUGCCAAAUAGUCAUAGUCAGCCAAUUUAUGUGCCAGGAAAAUAUUCGCCUUCAAGUUGUCUGUCGGACAAGGAGGAAGACGAAAUUUACGGUUUUGGCUAUGGAGUUUUUGCGCCCCGUGUGGCCCGAGGUGCAUUGCAGCUUCAGCAGCAAAUGAUACAACAACAGCAGCAGCUACAGCAGCAACAACAACAACAGCAGCAACAACAACUUUUACCACUAGUGCCACAAUCGCAACAGCAACAACAACAACAGCUACAGUCCGGACAGCAACAAUUACAAUCCGGACAACAGCAACUGCCUAACUCAGCGAAUUUAAAUUUAGUCCAACAAAGUUGCUUGAGUCCCAGGUCAGCGUAUUUUUAUGAAUUUCCACCAACAACAGAAGGGCGAGAAACAAAAAAGCGGACAACACUUGCCCGACUUUUAAAAGGACUUAAGACUGUAAAUAGAAGAGAUCGAAAUAACCACCAAACAGCUGCACAAGUAAGGGCAGCAAAUGAACGACUGAGACACUUCCAGACGAUGAACGGAGGACCCCAUCAAAGUUUCGAAGAGACAAUCCAUAGGUUAAAAGUACAAGAAGCCAUGCGAAAAAAGGAAAAAUUUCAAAGAGAACACGAAGAGAUUCUCCGAGACAUACGGCAAGGACUUUUGCAAAUGAGUCGAGAGGGUAGAAUAGAUGACACGUACAUGUACGAUGAUGCGGUCCGUGGGGCUGCCUACGGCAUGGGUGGCAUCCACCACCAGGGACAUUGGUACGAUGAACCACCAUACGAAAGUGAUCCAGAUGAUUUUCUCAUGUCUGGAAUCAACUGCGGUCCUGCGGCUACAAUUCAGGGCGGUCGUGUACGUUUCACAUCGAAUCGUGAAAGCACAGGAGUAAUUUCAUUAAGAUCAGCCGGCGAUAUAUCCUUACCACAAAGAGGUCCACCCAGACGAGGUCUUAUCGUGCCACAGCAGCCACCUAAUCCGCCAACAAUAAUACCCCUAACGCAUGCCAGAUCACACGACCGAGAAAGUGGUGACUAUGCCGGAUCAAUUUCGGAUCUGCAAAGUGUUACUUCCCGGCUAAGUGCGGUUUCGAUUGGAACAAACAAUUGCACAGCACGAUAUCGGACCUUAAGUGGUGGAAUUGGUGAGUCGCCAUCUUUGUCACCAAGUCCUUCUUCCGAUUACGAAGAUAUAGCUGCUACUCGUGGCCUGGCUCUAAGCUUGGCAGCAAAGAGCAAAAAGAAUGGCAAUCACAAAGGAACGACCAUUAGCCAGAAGGCGACCGUACAUCAUUCCAACGAAAUGCGAAGUUCACCAAAGGAAAUUGGCGUAUUUAAUGAGAACGGAAGGAAUUUCGUUGCCACAAAGGAUACCUCAAGGGAUUUCAGCAAUUCCCAGGAUAAUACAGACCGAGGAAGUAUGAGUGAUCAGGCAUUUGCUUGUUCUGCUAGUUCUGUAGAGAGUUUACCAAGUGCAUCCGGUUCAAGCACUCAAGCUCUGGUUCGUCCUGGCAGUCCACAUAGUUCGAUAUCCACCGAAGAUCGAACAUCAUUAGCGCCGAUUUGCAAAGCCAAAGCUCUUGUCGAUAGUUUGCCAAAUCCUUACGAUAAGGAAGCACUUAAAUUUAAGAAAGGUGACAUCAUUGAUGUACUCUCAAUGAAUGCAUCAGGGAUCUGGAGAGGACGUUGUCACGGACGUAUAGGACACUUUAAGUUUAUCAAUGUCGAAGUAAUGCCAGAACAAAGGCUGAAAAAUUUAAACAAUAAAAGUCUAAGCCGUCUAACGAACACCAAUGGACCCAACUCAGUUGAGGAUUUAUUGUUUCGCAUUGGACUGAAGGAGUAUACAUCGGUUUUUGUCCUUAAUGGAUACGAAGACUUGGAGCUGUUUAAGGAGCUUGAACCUGCUGAUUUGGAUUAUCUGGGAAUUGUUAUUCAGGAUCAUAGAGCGAAGUUGUUAACGGCUGUGCAGUUGUUGCAUGACAUAGAAUGCUCCGAUGGUGAUAUAGCCGGCUCGAGUUCCGAAAACGAUGAAGCCAGACUCAACAACAUCAACAAGAAGCACGGUUCUUCGCCAUUCGGCCGUCGCCACUUCCCACGUGAUUCGGGCUGCUACGAAGGCUCCCCAGUGCCAUCAUCCCAAACACCCACCCAAACAAUAACCUCCACCGAUGACUCGAACAGCUUGGACGACGUUGUUACCAAAUGUUCAACGGAAAUUCUCAAACGUGUCGAGAGUGCACGUCGCCAAAAAGAAGCCACCACCGGCGGUGGACCCCUCAAGGGUCUCUCUCGAGUUGGUAAGAAGGGCCUCCUUGGCGGCAGUCUAAUGGGCGAUGAAACUCUCACUCGCGGCGGAGGUCUUAGUGAGAAAUCCAGCGAUUCGGGCGUGAGUAGCAGCUCCUUAUCGUCGAAUCCACUCAAGAACAACUCUUAACAUUUGCCGCAAGUCCUUGCGCAAGAGUUGGCAGCAGCUGCUGCCAAUUGUAAUACACUGCCACAGAUGUCAGUAUCUUCAAUGGCGAUGGUUAUGCCCUCUUGCGGCGGCAGCGUAACAAAUAAUUUAAAUCUUAAUCGUAAUUUGGUCAUUCUAAGAAAUCAUUUGCGCAAAAAUAAUACGAUCUCAUCGAAUCAAUUCAAUGGUGUGGACGCAGAUGACGACGAUGAUGGUGACCAUGUGCACCUUCAUCCGCAUUCGUCAUCGUCGGCGGAUCAAUAGCCCCUAGAAGACAGUCUUAGUUCGAAUAGACCUCGUUUUUUAAUACGUUUUGAGAUAGUCCUUAAUUCAUUGUUUUGUCGUUCAUUUUAUACUCCGCUCAAGUGAAACAAAAAUUACACACACAACUUUAUUAAUAAAAAAUAAUUAUAUACAAUUUUAAUAUGAAUGAAUGGUGUUCUUUAAGGAUCAAAAUAUAAUGACAAGUCUUUUUUCAACAAAGAUGAUUUAAACAAAAAAAAAUAUAUAUACUUAGUUAUAGAUAAUAUUUAAAGAUUAAACAAAAAGAUAAAAAUAAAUAAUUAAAAAAAUGAUGCUGUGAUUCGUUGAAAGAUUAAGUUCAAAUGUACAGUGUAAAGAUUGAGUCCUUCUCAGGUGAUGGGAAAUUAAAUGAAAAUUUAAACAAAUAAUUAACAAAAAAAAAGUGACAAUUAUGGUGUGUAAAUAUAGCAAAGAGAAAUAAUAAUUAUGAAUGAACUUUGGUAACAAAAAUAAAAAGUAUGUAACGAUAGCAAUUAUUGACAAUUAAUUGUCAAAGCACAAUUUUAAGGUGUGGAAAGACCAGGAGCUCUUUAGAUACCAUAAAAGUUAGGUGAUGAAGAAAGAAAUGUUAUUUUAUCAAAGUCUUUCAAAACUUUGUUUUUUUUUUUUUCUUUUUGUUAAAUUUAAGGUAUGGCAAGUUCUCGUUUUAAUACGUUUUUAUUUUUAAUUUGUAAAUAAAUGUUUAAGUGUGUUAAAAAAUAUUAUUAAUUACCUACUUACUUCAUUUAUUUGAAGAAAUUACAUAACUACAUACAAAUAUUUCUAUGAGAAAAUAAAACAGGCUGUAAAAAACAUAAAACCACCUUCAUGCAUGAAUGUUCUUAAGUUAAGUACUUUAUUUUUCACAAUCAUUUGUUUAAAUUUAUAAUUUUUCUUAUAGUAUACUCGUUAUUACCGAAAUCACUGU